AUGCUUCGUCAAGUAAUUGAUUUGGUUGGAUCCGCUUCAUCUGUGAUGCGAAUUAACUCGCAAGGCCAAUUCAAGGUGGCAACAGGUUCCCAGCUGCAAGAUGGGCCAACCGGACACAUUAUUGAUUCGAGUUUUCUCGCUGGAUUGUGUAGGCGAAAGUUGAGGGAUGGAGAGUUGGCGGCAGCGGCUGGUGCCAAGUCAGGCGGCCCCAUGAACCGUUUCUUCGUUCCUUGCAGUGGCCGUGUUUGUGCCUGUCAAUGGCCGGGGAAAUUCCCUCGAGGGGCGAGACCGCCAGAGCAAAGAGCGGUUGGAAAUGCUGGCCGCAACCCCGUCUUGGUUCUUGACUUCGUCCAGUUGUGUCCAGGCUUUGGUUGGAGGUCAAGUCGACAAUGCUCUGGCUCCGCCGCGAAGCGUCUCUUCCUCGAUGUACCUGGGCUAGCACGCCAUGCCCGAAACUUGGCUCUUGUUGGCGGCCUAGGCUAG